GUUCAGAGCAUAAAGAAAAAGUUGUUAUGCCUUGGCGGCGCGUCAGUGGCGCGAAAUCGACCGCGUCGCCUUCACGUGCUGUGGCUGUCAAGUCGAAGCUUCUCUUGAUCAUGCCGUGCAUCGAACAACAGGCGGUACGCAGCAUGCGAGGCACUUUCGUCCGCUCGUCUUGUUCUCCGACAGGUCUAUGGCAAGUGCCAGUACAUCUGCUGUUCCGCCUCCUCCACCGCCCAUACCAGUGAUUGAAAAGAGAACCGUAACUCAGCUAAAGGCGCAUUUCGCUUCCUUAUCGCUCGACCACGCCGAGAUCCAAACGUUGUUUAGGGCGAUUGCGAAUCAGCUUGAAUCGGUAGAAAACAUUGGCCCGCAUCAUCCCCUAUACGAGAGAUGGGACAGACUCAGACAGGCGCAUCGCAAUUUACUGCUUCGUCACGAAGCCGACAGGCCGUCAGACUUCGAUGAAGUGGUCUUGCCAACAUCACAGUCAAAUGGAAUGUCCAUCGAGGACAAGAGGUCAAUGAUUGACGGGUUCCGUGAAGCUAUACAAGUCCACCAAGAAGCCGCGCAACAAACAGCGCACGAGUUUCAUCAGCUCGCUGAAGACAUCCGGUCCUUCAAGGAUGAGGCAGCCGCGUUAUGUGGCUACGCUGAGCUAUCGGUUUUCUGGGCGUGCUGGAAUGGAUUGAAGAGCUUCUUUCAAAGCGUGUGGCAGGUAAUUUUGAAGUUGCUAGACAAGAUGAUGGCCACUGUUCGGUCGGCGGUCCAGCGAAUCAGAAGAAGACGGUUUUCUCACAAUGGUCCCGGUGGCUCGCGUAUCAUCAUCGAACUUGAGGCGGUACCUUAUUCUCGAAUCCAGGAGCAAACCGAACAACCGUCUCCUCGUGAGAUUCGACGUAAUCUCGACAACAUUCAUAACAAACUCUCCGUUUUCUGUGAUAUGUGGAAUGUCGUAGAUGCUGCAUGCGAGGAUCUAAUAGUAGAUCUCGGACAAGCGCAAGGUACCAUUACUCAGCCAGCUCCGCACGAAGCCAAUCUUCAGUCUGCGCGAUCGGUCUACGGCGUCUUGAUCGAAUGUAUGCGUGCAUAUGCACAGAACAGGCCGCCGGUAUUCUAAUCCGUGGGCCUACGAAUCCACCCAUCCCUCGCUAUCAUAGCAUGUCUUGUCCCGCUUGUCCUGUAUCGGCUUGUUGUGAGUCUUCGUUGCAUUAUCAUAGAUGGCGGCUCUUGCCAUGUGUUCACGCCUCGCUGUUGCUCAAUUUGACGUGGAGCGAGUCCCGUCAAUGUGAAUAUGUAUGUACUGCUUCCCAUACCGGUGCGAGUGUCAAUUCGAUUGCCAUUCUUCACUUUGUUUGGCAUAUGCUGCGGCGUCCGACAUGCUGCGCUACGGUGCUUCUAAUCGCAUGGCGUGUCAAUUUAUAUAAA